AUGAAGACGUUCAUUGUGCUGUCCGUGAUGGUGGCGCUGGUCGCCGGUGCCGCGAUCGAGUCAAACGACGGCGAAACGAAGAACGUGCAGAAGCGCUCGGAUCACCAUCACCACGUGAAGACGGUGACGAUCACCAAGAAGGUCCCGGUACCGUAUCCGGUCGAGGUGGAGAAACACGUUCCAGUUCCGGUGAAGAUCCCUUACCCGGUGCACGUCGAGAAGAAGGUUCCGUUCGUGAUCGAAAAGAAGAUUCCGGUGUACGUGGAGAAAAAGGUACCUGUCCACGUUGACCGACCAGUCCCAGUUGAGGUGAAGGUCCCGUAUGAGGUGCCCGUUUACCACAAGGAAUACGUCGAAGUCCCGAAGCCAUACCCGGUGCAUGUCGAGAAACCGUACCCAGUGUACGUGAAGAAGCCGGUGUACGUCGAGAAGGCGGUUCCGGUGAAGGUGGAGAUCAAGAAAGUGCACAAGCACCAUCACUGA